CAUGGCAACCGGCGGACUCACUGCACCCAUGGAAUGAGCGUGGAGUCGGUGGGUGUUUGUUUACACACUUGUGGCUGCAUUCGACUGCCUGAUCUGUGUUGGGUUAUUUGGUGCCGGUCCGUAUUUUGGGAUAGCGGUGCUUGGCGUCGAAAUGGAUCCUAAGGAAGCAGGAAGCGGUUGUGGGGAGAAGCAAACAGAUCCGAAGGACGAAGGAAGCAUCUCCACAAGUUCCGUCGUGGCAAGCUGUAACCCGAGCGCGUCUGACGCCGUAGAGGAAGAGGAGUUGGAGAAAUUGAAAGGUGAUGCCAUCGGCGAUACAUUAUUCAGUGAACGUUUCGUCUUGUCAACGUUACUUACUGUGGUUAGUGAUAAGGAUUUGGCUGAGUAUGAACAGGACUUAUGCACUCUUUGGGACAUGACAAUUGAACAUGAUGUGGUCAAGCUGCUUCUUCAAUAUCAAACACUGGAAAUUUUUUCAACUGUUAUACAUUUGACGGACGAUAGGCGCUUGACUGAGAUUUUAGUAGGCAUAGUCGCAAAUAUGUGCGACUACCCGCCGACACGGAAGGAGCUCGCUGAAAAUGUGGAAUUUAUCGCGCCGAUCCUAGAUUUAAUAUCGUGUUCAGAUACACUUACGUUAAUUCAACUGAUGCGGUUUAUUUCGGCGCUUUUAGUAUCAGAUGAAGAAAUCGAUCCGUUGGUUUGGUUCGGAUGCAUAAGAAACUCUGUGAAUUUUGUGCAAUUUUUUUCGCUCAUGUUGAGUAACUCGAUGAGUCGCCAAUUAUUAACGGAUGCAGUGAGUGCUAUGAACGCGUUCUGUGUAAAAUUUUCUCUAGUUGAAGAAGAAAGUGAAUCAAGUAUUGUGUUCCGAGAUUUGUUUGUACAUGAAUAUCUUGUUAUUGGCCUUAUCGUGGCAUUUCAAACACUCGCUUUAAUAAAUGAAGAUCCAGAAUUUGGUAUGUCAUCAGCUACGAAGAAAGUGAAGAAGCUUCAUUCAACCUUUCUACAUAUAAAUGUAAAGCUGCUUCAAUAUGAAGAAUAUUCUGAUCAAGCAUAUGCUAGUGUUUUGACUGAGUUCCUCAAAUGUAUUGCGAACAUCCUUGAACCAUUUUAUGAUUCAUUGACAUUAUUGUCUGUCUCACAUUAUGAACUCGAAAUAUUGGACAGUGUGAGCCAAAUCUUUGAAUUGUUGUCAUAUCCGUUUGAGGAGGAGAGUUUCAAACGCGUCAUAGAAAUUUGGGACAUUAUCGAGAGUCAGCGAGGAGCCGAUCAAGAUGUGGAUGACGAAUGGAAUACUGACGAUACUUGGAACGAGUUUGGAAAAGAAAAUUCAACUACGCUUAUGGAGCUGUUUGUGGAAGUUGCAAUGAAUGCCACUGAAGAGCAAUUAAUACAGGUGUUUCACACUAUGGACAAAUCAUUAAUAGAAAAAAUAGUGAAGUCGGGCAAUGAGAAGAAAGUGUCUGAUGAUCUUAGUGGUGUUUUCAACAAAAUCAGGAGGUUAACGAGUUCUACAAAAGUGAAGGCGGCACAAUAGGUUUAAGGUACUGUGGAUAUUGUAUUUUAUUCAUUUUUAUUAUUAAGAAUUGUGCUAUUAUUCAGAUGUAAGGCUAAUAUGCAAAUUAAGUUCAGGUACAAUUUAGCUAUAAGGAUACAAACCUAACUUUGGUCUUGAUACAACAAAGAAUUGUAAAUUUUAAUAGUCGGUGGUGUAGUUGUAUUAAUUUUGUGGGCUUGUUCUUUUGCCCAAAUAAGAUUUUAAAUUUUUUGAGAGUUAUCCAUUACCUAAUAGCAUCAUUAGUUUUGAGAUUGGACUGUAAACGUUUUAUUAAUGAAACACGAGUUUUCAGAGGAGAGCGAGUAGCAUUUUAUUAGAACAUUCAUAAUCAACAUUUGGAAAACAAUAGACGGUUUUGCCACUUAGUAUCUAAUUUGGAUAUAAAACUAAUACCCCCACUUUCAAAAUAAUAUAGAUACAACAAUUUAAAUUAAACUUCACAGCUGUUCAUAUCCUAUAUUCCUAACAACUGCAUAAAAUGUUAAUGCUUGACUUUUCCCAAACCUUUGGUGAAUAAGUCUGCGGCCAAUGAAUGCAGCUGAUGUUAGAUCUGAGACUUACUCUAGGUGUACUGCCUUCAUACCGAGGCACACGAAAAGUGAGAUGUAUGUUUUUAUCGUUCGCUUGCCUCCUAGUUGAAAAUGAAUUUCAACCGGACCGCAAAAGUCGACUCCAAUAUUAAGAAAUGGUCUGGGUUUUUUAUUUCUUCUGCGAGGAGGUCACCCAUUAAUACCCUGAGUAGCCUUGGUUUUGAUUGGGCGCAAGUCAUACAUUGCGAAACGAUACCGUUAGCUACGUUCUUCCCAUUGAUAUAGCAAUAGGUUUGCCGAGAAUGGUUGAGUAAUGCCAACGGUCCUGCAUGUAAAUGUUUCGUGGAAGCUGACGGAAGAUGAGUUCAGAUAGUGGAUGUUUAUGAAAUAUUAACAUUGGAUGUUUCACGUUAAAUGGUAUUUUGCUAUUCUGAAGUCGUCCUCCUACCCUUAUAUCGCCUUCCUAGAAAAGGUGCUAGCGCUUUUAAGUGACUGAAUCAGUGAUGAUAGUAGUGUAUCCAGUUGUAUUUUAAUUCCCAUAGAAGACGCAUCAUUCAUAAACACCUUUGCUACGACUAUGACCGGAUUCACUAAAGCGAGAGGAUCAAACAAUGGCGAUGUUUGUGCCAAAACCACUCGCUUUGUAAUCGGCUGAUUGGGCUCUAAGUUCAUCAUGUUUACAUUGAAUUGGCCCGAAGUAGGAUUCCAGAUAAUGUAAAAGGCCUUUACUAUAUGCUUUUUUUUCUAGGUUGGUGACAUCACGUUCUAUUCUCUUGUGUUGUGGAGAAAUGGAACGUAGCGGCGUUGUUGGAACACCAUUUGUGAAAUGUUAUUGCAGAUGUAGUGCUUCUUGUCUAUUCUCGUUAGAAAAUCAUCCACAUGGAAAGCGCGGGUAAUCGGCACCUUCCUCAUCUGUCAACCUUUCUAACCAUUUUAUUGCCAAGUACGGGGCGCUUCUAGUUCCGCACGUGACUGUUUUUAGCUUAAACGUUUUGAUUUCAUCUCCGGGCAUAUCCUGCCAGAGUAUAAGUUGACACAUCGAAUGUUUUCAUGGAGCAGAACUUGUCGAUACAUUUUUUAAUGUCUACGAUCAUCAUGUAUUUGUCUGUCCGAAAUCUUAUGAGAAUGCCAAAUAGGUCGUUUUGUUUAUUAUUGGUGCGAUAUGUAAAAUGUCGUUUAGUUUUGGUUGAUCCGUCAAAUACAACGCGAAGCUUGUUUGUCUGAGUAGUAGUGUGGUUUCCUGUGAUCUGGGCUUGUUACUAAUUCGUCUUUGCGGAUCUAGUAAACGUUGUUCUGCCUCCUUGAAAUACCUAGUGAAGAUGGAUGGUGGUUAAGCAAAUGGCAAUCGGAAGACCGUUUUCAUUCCUUGAUACUGUAGCGUUAAAGAAUUCUUCUCAUUUCUUGCCACUGUUGAAAUUGGGCCUCCCAACUUUUCAAUGUUCCAAAAACGUUCAACUGGUUGUUCAAGGCUUGCGAUUGUGUGCCACAAAGGUGUUUUCUAGAAAUGAUGUUGGAUACCUUUCCGAGCACUACUCACCCUAGCGACUUAUUUUGAAGAUAUGGAAGAUCCCAUGAUGUGUGCCCGCUCAAAACUUGGGCUAGGUCGAAACAUACUUCGCCGUGGGAUCGAUCGUUCCAUCUCCAAAUAUUUCAUAUGAUUCUGUGUGUCCAUCAGCUUUUCUCUGACUCGUUCCACCUCUCCUGCCACUCGGCGUUAGUUUCUUUCCGCGGGGACUGCCGCCGACGGGUGGAAGGUUCUCCGAUGAGACAAGUUCGAUAAUUCGAUUAUAAAGGCGUUGUCCUUCUUUCGCUAGGAUGUCAAUGGGGAUCAUCCCUGCUAUCACACAGGCCACUUCGUUGGAUAUUUUUCGAUUGGUGCAAGAUGUUUGGAGUGCAGUUAAGCGAUAUUCAGGUCCCAUUUUUCUUCUAUUUACUUCCUUUUCCAGUGCAUCUGUUCAAACUGGGGCUGCAUAUAGUAAGAUAAAGAUGACCACCCUUGAAGUAAGGAAGCUACGGUUCAGGCUUGGACCACCUAUAUUCGGUAACAUUCUCGCCAGCAGUGUUCCGGUGUAAUAUGCCUUAGUUGCUGUCAUCUCCACAUGCAAUUUAAAACUUGGCUUCUGUCGUAGACCUUUUCUUUCGAAAUCCAAACUGGUUCUUAGAGAAACUACCUUCCUUUUCAGCAGUCGGAAGUAAUCUGUUGUCGAUCAUUCAUUCAAAUAAUUUGCCAGUAUUAUUUAGGAGGCAUAUCAUUGCGGAAGGUCGCGGUGCAAAUCUCACUGAUGGCAAAGGCAUUUGUUAUAGUGACUGGAUGUUGAAUACCAGUCGACUCAGCUGUGAAUGAGUA